AUGACGAGCAACCCCGCUAUCCAAGUACCCGUGACGGGCGAGAAGCCCGCUGACGUGUUUGUCGAAGACGCAGACGCGGACCUCAAGCAAAUCGCGGAGCCCACUCUUCUCCGCUCCAAGUUUGCCGACCACUCCAAGAAGGACAUCCUUCGGACGUUCUGGCGCCUCAGUCUCACCGGCGCCGGGGUGUCGCUCGGUGGGCUAUACGCUGGAUUCUGCCUCUCGGCUGCUGGCAAUAUCAUUGCCAAUCAGGGCUUUAUCAACCAGUUUGGGACCGUUCGGUCCGCCCAAGGCGUUCUCGCCCUUGAUGCCCUCCACGUCUCGCUCUGGUCCGGCUUCGUCUACGUCUCCCAGUUCUGCUUCCAAUGCAUCUCGCCCUUCAUCGCAGACAGAUUCGGUCGACGCGUCUCCCUGUGCUGCUUGCUCGUCUUCAUGCUGGGCGCCAUCAUCGCCGAGAUCACUGCCACCGAGUGGAAAGGCUGGCUUGCUGGCCGACUGAUGAGCGGCGCUGCGCAAGGAUUCCUCGGGUCGGGGGUCAUGACCUACCUCUCCGAGAUCGCGAUCACGCAAAUACGAGGUGCUAUGCUCGGUGCUUUCGCCGUUUCUUUCGCUCUGGGCCAAUUCUUCAUCGCUAUGGGUCUGCAGAUCCUAUUUUCCCCAACAACCUCUUGCCAUAUGGUGAUACUGAUCUCUAGGUUCGUCAUCUUUGGUAUCUUUGCGGCUGUCAUUGCCUACAUACCCGAGUCACCUCCCUGGCUGUGCCGGAUGGGCAAGCACGACAAGGGCAAACGCGCACUCAAGCGCCUUGUCGGCAACGUCGAGGGCUACGAUGUCGAAUACGAGUACUCGGUCAUCCAGCAAGAGAUGGAGGCGUCGGCGCGUCUCGCAGCGCUCACUGGCGAUUCUGACUGGGUCGCCUUGUUCCGCUGGGCAAACUUCCGCCGAGUCAUCGCCGCUACCCUUCCUUUCACUUUCCAAAACUUUGUCGGAGUACCCCUCGUCUAUGGUCAGACUACCUACUUCUUCCAUUCUGAUCCAUUCGUCGGGAAAACGAGUCAGACCGUCGUACAGUUGGGCGGCCUCUUCCUCGCCUUCUACUUUGUCGAGCGGGUGGGUCGGCGCACGCUCGUCCUCGUCGGCCCUCUUCUGCUGGCAGUCCUCAACUUCCUUAUUGGCGGCAUGGGCUUCUUGCCAUCUACCCCGGCGGUCGGAUCGGCGCUCAUCACCCUCUUUUGCGUCUGGACGUUCAUCUACGCUCUCUCGCUCGCACCUAUCGGGUGGACCGCGCUCGUCGAGGUCUCUUCUCCUCGCCUGCGUGCCAAGUCCGCCGCUGUCGCCACUGGCAUGCAGACCCUAUCCGGCAUUCUUUUCAGCUAUACCGUCCCCCUGAUGCUUUCCCCGCAAUAUGCCGGCUGGCGCGCCAAGAUUGGUCUCCUCUUUGGCGGUUUCACCCUCCUCUUUUGGAUCCCUUGCUACUUCAUGUUCCCCGAGUGCAAAGAUCGGACGUACCAGGAAUUGGACGAGCUCUAUGCGAGUGGCGUCCCCGUCCGACACUUUGCCAAGACCAAGACGAACGCGAAUCUCGAGCGGGAUCAGCGAAACUUGCAGGGCGUGGCGUAG